AUGAGCCGUCAUCCUAGAGAAGAACAACAAGACAGCAUUGAAGCAGUCAUGAGCGAGUUCAGCAUUAAAAAUGCCGCACACUUGCAUCAAGUGCUGCGAGAAUGGAGAGAUGACCAGGAGCUGCUGCGCAGUAUGGCCGUGCUUCGGUGGCCGAUCUGGUACAAGCAAGAGAGUCGGCAAAGCACACCAAGCAGCCAGUGCAGUAGUGGCACAUCGUGGAAGAUUUUUCCCGACGCUGGUUCGACACGAAUACAAACUUGGAUGAAUGCAAGUGAGAUAGGCGAACGAAGAAGCCAGCGUUCACGUAAGUGUUUCGAUGAAAGCAGUGCGGCAUUGCAUGCGUUUGAUGUAAUGCUACACUGUGCCGAGCGCAUGCAAUGCCAGCUUCCUCGGUAG